AUGCCUUCCAGACUGCGCAGCGUGCUCCCACGGAGCCUGUUGCGUCCGCUGGAUAGUGCCGGUGUCUUCUACUGCCCAUCCUGUUCAACCUGGAGACGAGCGCUUUCGACGCGUGCCGGCGCCAGCAGCACCGGCCUUGAUAAAAUCGGCUCGGCGCAUCGAUCGGGUCGCCUUCCAGAGUCGCCUACGGCUGUUGCUGCUCGUUCAUUCACCACUUCAUCGGUUAUCACUGCGGGAAAGACGGUCCCACCACGGUUCAAGGAGCUGUACGAUGCUCUGAGCGGAGUCCAGGAUGCGGCGAUCCAGGAAGUCAGUAUUAGCCGGUUGCAACUGGCUUUGCGUGGCUUAGAGUCUGAGACUCCUCUUAUUCGAGUUGCUGUUCUUGGACUAGACAAUGCCGACUCUGCGCGAAAAUUAGUUCGAUUGCUUCUGGCCGAUCCUCUCAGCCAGCGCGAGAGCUGGGAGGAUGUUUUAGAGGGUCUUGAUGCAGACCCGACGCGGGGACUACUAAUUCGAUACGGCGAAGUCUCUGAAUCUAUACCCAAUGAUCUUCUCCCGACACUUGCAGUCCGAUCGCCCGUCCUGAAGAAGGGCAACAUCGAAAUCCUCAUCGGUUCAAUCGGCUCUGAAGCAGCCUCGACUGGCACCACUCUCUCCGCCGAUACCUUCCUCGUCCCCAAUGUCACCAUCCCAACAUCACACUCGGGCCGACAAAACAUGGUCCGAUACCCUGUGCACCGGAGCAUCGUGUGCGGCAACGGAGUGAAUGGAUUGCUGGCUUUUUGCAGCUUGGUGGGCCGUUCAGACUUGAAGAAUGAAGUAGCAUCGGUGCGCGGUGCAAUCGAGCUCUCUGCGGCAAACCAGACACACGAUGAUAGUCGUCUUUCGUUUGUGGAUAUCGAUCGCGCGAGUACUGCCUUGGACAAGAUCCGCGAAUCUGUGCAAAAUGCCACCGAGUAUGAACGUGGGUGGAACGCUAGUGGUGUGCAGCCUGUGGUCGACUGGCUUGCAACCUCUUCCCAGGCGGCCAGCGGGGAAGCUUUGAACCCAGCUCUAGUCCCUUUGAUUGAAUCGCUGCUCAAUGCGGCCGACGAAGGUGUCUCUGCUCGGGACAUCCAAGCUCUUCAGGAACAGACCGUUGGAGUCACCCCUCAGGAAGUCCGCUCCGAGCUUGAGCGUGGAGUUGUCACCUGGGCGGAGCAGGGUCACUCGGAGCUCCGCAGCUCUCUCGAGGCAGGCUUUGCGAGUCCGCGGUGGCGAGGCCUCGCAUGGUGGAAGCUUUUCUGGCGGGUUGAUGAUGUCGGCAUGAUCACUUCCGAGAUCUUGGAGAAACAGUUCCUCCGCCGCGCAGAGCAAGAAGUUAUCUACAACUCGGGCAAGUACCAGCAGGCGGGCCUGCUGGAGGAACCCAUUACUUCUCCCGAAUCCACCACAGACUCAACCCCUGCCAAGUCUGCUCCGCCUCCCUGGCCAACUCUGAUCCCCGAUAUCCGAGCCAAACUGCUCAAUACAACCGUGCCCUCCCUCCAAGCCCUCGCCCAGAGCCUGGUGCUCUUCAGCGUCUCCACCACCACCUUGACCUCUUUCCUUUCUGUCCUCACCUAUCUCUCCGUCCCCUCUGCUUCGGCCUACGAAUCGGCCACCCUUGGUGCCAUUGGCCUGAUCUACUCUUUGCGCCGCCAGCAGAAGAAAUGGGACAGUGCCCGUGGUUUCUGGGAGGACGAGGUACGCGAAGAAGGCCGCACUUCCCUGCUCGAGACGGAGGCACUCCUGCGUCGGAUUGUCCGCGAGGGUGGUAAGAGCGUCGGCGAUGUGUCCGACCACAGCGCACGAGACGCAAUUGUCCGCUCACGAAAGGCAUUGGAAGCCGUUCGCUCGUGA